UUUUCAUCCGCGCUGUACGUGUUUUCGGUGCUCCGCUAAAAGUAACAAAAAAGUGCACAAUUCGCCGGGAGGAAAUGUUACAUUAACGCCAUUUGGGGUUCCUGCAAAGCACACGGAUACUACGCUAUACAGUUCUCAACCCAAAUCGGUGAGCAAACGCGGAUUCGCGCAACAGAACGCGUCGCCUGUAAAAAUCGAAGCCGAUUCGAAACAAUAACAAAUGCGCUAAGUGCUUACCAAAUAAUCCAAAGUUUUUUUGCACCGACAAAAAAAAGCGGUGAAAAGUGAGCAAAAGUGAUCGAAAAAGAUCUGAAAAGGUCAUUAAAAGAAAGAAAGUUGAUGGUUUAGAGUGCGUAAGGUUGAUAAAUCGGUAAAAAUCGUUUUCGUUUGUUUUUGUUGUGGUCUCCUUCGCAGAGCUUAUGCAAAUGUGCUGCUCUGCGCUGCUUGUGGCAACAAAUUGCACUCGAAGCUGAGGCUUUUAUGAAUGCUACUGGGUCGGAGUCGGAGUCUGAGUCCGGAGACGCUUCUGGAGGAGAACGGAGGCGGGAGCAUCCGUCAAAAUGGUCUUCAGCUAUGCGUGCAUGGUGAUCCAGCGCAUCGUGGUGCCGGCGGUCCUGGUCCUCGCUGCGCUGAUGCGACCAGUGGGCAUAUCCUUUGUGUACCUGCUGAUGUUCUUUGUGUCGCCCUUUGUGCCUCUGGCCACGCGUCGCAACUUCAAAGGAUCUGUUACCGCCUUCUUCAUCAUCCUGCUGACGUUGAGCACUCUGGUUCUUUUGGGUCACAUAACGCUGCAGAUUCUGGCGGUUAGCCUUACCCUACCGAUCUACAACUGUUCGUUCAGUGAGCGCUUGCUGCGGCACAUUGGCUUCGUGAGCUUUAUCGAUCUACAGCCAUUUGCCAUUAUCGAGUGGCUGGUGCCAGAGGUGCUGGUUUUUGCCACUUCCCUGGGAUCUUAUCUUACGGUGAAGCGUGUGGCCUCACAGCCCGUCGGUGCUGAGCAGCUGGAAAAUGGCGAAGUGGUCGAUGGACAGGCGGAAAACGCCCAAUCCUCGACAGCGCCUGCCCCAGAUGCCAAUGGCGGUGAUGUGCAACAGGCCACGGCCACCACGCCACUGCAGCAGCAGCAACAGCAGCUGAGGAAACGCGUGUCCAUGAUCAGCCAGCACAUCCACUUCGAGGGAUUGAUCAAGAUCUCUCCUCUGUUCUGCCUGGCCACGCUGUUCUUUGCGGCCGUGCUGCGUCCCUCGGUGCCAGGCGGCUUCUACUUUCUCAUUUUCCUGCUGGCCGGCACCUACUGGGCAACCUGCCAGACGCUGCAACGGGGCUUUGCGUUGUUGCUGCGCUGCGUGAUGGUCGUCCUGGUGCUGCACUCCCUGUCCAUUGUGUCCUACCAGACGCCCUGGAUGCAGAGCCACCUCAAUCAUACCACUUUGACAGCCCGUUUGAUUGGAUUGGAACCGCUCAUUGAAUCCUACUGCUCGCCGGACAUCCGAGUAUUUCUUUACAAUAAUAAGCUGUCUCUGGACUCGUACCUCAAUCCGUUUGCAUUGUUCUUUGCGUAUUUCGCUCUGGCCCUGACGACCAAGCAUCUCAUUAAGCCACGGUUGGUGCGUCAAAGCACACGAAAGUCGCGCACACCGCAACCGGUGGAGAGUGGAUCCUCGGUGGCACCCAGUGCAAUCCAACGGGGCAAUGCAAUUCAGCUGGACUCCAUGGAGCAGCGGUCGGAGCAGGAGAACACCACCACCUCCAUACUGGAUCAGAUAUCGUAUGGGUUCGUCAGCGUGGGAAGUUUCAUCUAUCAGAACAGCUAUAUAUUCACCAAUAUUCUGAUGAUGGCCUGGUCCAUAGUCUACCACAGUUGGCUGACUUUUGUGCUGCUGCUUUGGGCCAAUGUGCUGUGGAUGAUUCCCAAUCAGCGGAAGGCCAUGAUGCGUUCUAGUCCAUUUAUUGUCCUAUAUGCUGAGGCGCUACUGGUGGCCCAGUACAUAUACGGCAUGGAUCUGAACAACAAUGAACUUCCUACGAAGGUUUCCACGGCGGGCAUUAACCUGCAGCAAAUUGGCUUCGAACGACCCAUCGAGAACCAGAUGCGUCCGUGUGUGCCGCUGAUCGUGAAGACUGCCUUUGUGCUGAUGUUUUGGGUGACGUCGCGGCAGUUCUUCAAGGAGAAGCGCGAUCGUCGGAGAGAUAGCACCCUGGCGGACAUCAUUGCACCACUGCAAAUCACCGUGGGAUCGGCUGGUUCCAGCUACCUCAUCAACGACGGCAAGAAGACCUCAAAGUUCCUAAAGAAGGCCGGCGAUGUGAUCAAGAAUCUGCUGGUGCGCUUGUGGAUUUGGCUGCUGGUGCUGGUGAUCUUCCUCUGUGCGAUCACUGGGGAGAACAUGACCGUCUUCCGCAUCUGCUACAUGGCCCUGUUCCUAUUCUUCUUGCUGGUCUUUCAAUCCUCGUCCAAGGCCUGGGUUAAGAUCAUGUACGGCUUCUGGCUGUUCCUGAUCUUCUACGCCAUGUCCAUACUCAUAUUGAUCUAUACAUAUCAGUUCGACAAGUUCGAUACCUACUGGAAUGACUAUCUCAAUGUGUCCAAGACGCUGCAAAACGACAUUGGUCUUAAGCGCUAUCAGACCAAGGAUUUGUUCCUCCACUUGGUCUCGCCCACGAUAAUUGUGAUUCUGACCGUGAUCCAAGUGCACUACUUCCACAAACGCUUCAUUGCCUCACUGCAGCAACAGCCAGCGGCGGCUGGCGGCUCGGCACAGCAGAAACCCACGGAGACAACUGCCCUGGAACCGGCGCCAUCCAAGCGUCGUGGCAGCGCCGGUUCACUGCGUCGAUCGCAGGGUCCUUCGGCGGAGGCUGCUCCCGGAGCCACCACCGAUUUCGAGACAUCUGUGCGGGAUUUGGUGCGCAUUUCGUUCCGCAAGAUCAAGAACAAGUCGGAGUACAUUUUCAAGAACUUCAAGGACGUCUUCUGGCGCUUCCUGGAGCUGCACAUCAUGAAGGCUGUCUAUAUCGCAGCCUUUGUCUGUAGUGUCAGCGAAGUUUGCGUCCUGCACAUUGUCUUCGUGGGCUUCUGUGUGCUGGGCGCCACCUCGCGCAAGGCUGUCCAGGUGGUGAUCAGCCGCCUCAUCUCGUUCAUUGUCACGAUCAUAGUGCUGUCCAAGAUGAUCUAUCAGAUCGGGUACCUCAGCCACUCACAGUAUAAUGUGGUUUGUUCGGACAACCAGACAGCCAACAAUGCCGAGUGGAUAGGCCUUACCAAGGCCGACAAGGUAACGGGUGGACUGAUGAGUCUGCUGCGCACCUACAUCAUCUACAUGGUAAUUGUGACCUUGCAUGCAGUGAUCACUCUGCGUCAGCUGCAAAUGCGCGUCAAGAUCGGUGCCUUGAAUGCACCACCCACCAAGCUGCUGUUUCCCAACAUUAUUCGAGCUGAUGCUGAAAAGGAUCUGGUGGGAUUGGUGAAGUAUCUCCUCAACUUUGGCUUCUACAAGUUUGGCAUCGAGAUAUCGCUGAUCGCCCUGGUCUCCACCAUCACAUACCGCCAGGACAUUGUGGCCGUGGCCUAUGCUCUGUGGCUGGUGGUGCUGUUGCUCCUCAGGAGAUCGCAGUGUGCCAAAAUAUGGGGCGUUUUCCAGGCCUUCUUUGCCAUCUCCAUACUGACACAGUAUAUGGUUUUGGUUGGCCUGCCGCCGAGCUCAUGUCUGGUUUAUCCCUGGGAUGAGGGCACCUUUGGCGAGGGCAUCCAACGCUGGACAAUGCUGCCGGGAGCCCUGCACUUCAACCACGUGCCCAAGCUGAUCUUCGACUUCAUUGUGCUUGUCAUCCUGAAUCGCCAGAAGAGCAUCUUCUGCAUCGAGCAGCGCUAUGCCAGCAACGAUGACUAUCCCGGUGGCAGCAACCGCAGUGUGAUCGCGGAUAUCGCUCAACUGGGUCGCGUUCCCUUCGACAAUCCCACCCACGAUUUCUGCUCGUACAUACGCAACUACUCGGACAUACUGAAGAACGGAGUGCUGUGCGGCUUCUACUGGUUCACCCUGGCGGUGGUUUUCCUGGCCGGCACCAAUAUUGCUGAUCUGCUGGCCCUGGGCUAUCUAAUCGGGGCUUUUAUAUUCCUGUGGCAGGGCUCUGACUUCUAUCUGCGACCCAUCCACACCAUCAUCUGUCGCUGGAAGUGGCUGCUGGCCUUUAAUGUGACGAAUAUACUGAUCAAGACGACCUUCCAAAUGGCCGGCUGUCUGUUUAUGACACAACUGACCACCGAUUGCUGCUGGCUGGUGCACAUGUUGGGCAUCACCUGCACGAGUAAUGCUCCUAAGGAGCAGGUAAUGCUGCCCGAGGACACGGUUUCGGUACUUUCGCCCGGCGAGUGCCCCAAGAUCACCCAUCAGGUGGUUCUGCUGUGGGACACCAUCUGCUUUGCCUUCAUCAUCUUCCAGCUGCGCAUCUUUAAGUCUCACUACUUCUGUCACAUCAUCACGGACACCAAGGCAAAUAAUAUCCUGGCCUCAAGAGGAGCCGACAUUAUUGAGAGCCUGCGACACAAGCAGAUUGCCCACCGCCACGACCAUGAAAAGCAGGUGCUGCACAAGAUCAAGCGGAAGAUGGAGCGCAUCCGAGCCACGCAGCAGAAGAUGCUUCGUCCCCUGGACAAACAGACCCACUUUGAUGGGCAACGCACGCCCACGGAGCAGGCCAUGUCCGAGGUGGCGCCUCUGGCCCACAACAGCAGCUUCACCUCCUGUCAGGGAUCUGGAUACCUGACCCCCGAUGAGCACAGCUCCUCCAGCUCGGCCACUUCAUCGCCGGCAAGGGCCUCGAUCCUCUCCAGCAGUGGCAGCAGUUUGGAGAGCGUGGAUAGUGCCGAUGCGGCAGUGAUCAUCGAACCGGAGAUCAAUGUGAUGCCUUGUGAGGAGAUGGCGGACUAUGUGGAUGUGCAGUCGGUCAGUGAGGAGGAAACAACUAUGGCCCCACCUAAAGAUUCCCAGGGAAAGGAAAGCGCAUUUAAAAGCCUGGAUUCUUCAAAGCCCACCACGCCAAGUACGGAUGCCUUGUCCACUCUUCUCACCGAAGGAUUUUUGGAACCAAAGAGAAUCUCUCUGGGAUUAGCUCCCUCUGAGCUUAGUGCAUCGGUGGGCAUGCAAAGUCUGGCGCCUCCUUUGGCUGCCUAUGCCACAGCCAUGGCCUCCAGUUCCCUGCUGACCUCCAAUAUGACUCCGAAUCUUCGCCGUAAACAUCGCCGUCAGUCGUCGACCAAUGCUGCUGUUUCCUGGAACGAAACCGUGUCCAUCAAACGAUCACCCAUGAAAAAGCAAAUGUCGGCGGAUAAGGAGGAGGUGGUGACCAUGCGCCACAAGUCGCUGCACCGCCGUCACCAGAGCAUGGGAAAUGCCAGCUACUCGCUGGAUGAGGGCUCCCAGUCGCAAUCGCAGCGCAAGCGACUGUCCGGCAACUUGUCCGGAACCAAAGAUGAGACCUUCUUGAGGUCCGCCCAAAGACCACAUAGCUGGGGACCCGUGGGUACGGCCUCCUAUAUGGAGUCGCUGAUGUGCGCCUUCUACGAGCCCGCACUGCUGCAUGGACCAUCUACACGUGCUGGUGAUUACUACAUGUUUGAGGAGAUGGAUGAUAAGUUUGAACUCGACUUGAUACACGAUGAGAUUGACUUUUUGGAGGAGGAGAACAUCACCGAAAGUGAGAUGAAGAUGCAGCGCCGCAAGACACUCUACGACGUGUGGAAGGAUCUCAAUGAUGCCGAGUACCGUCGCCACUUCUAUAUGCGUGAGCGUUCGUACGCCUCAGAGCCGGGCUCUCGCAUAGCCCUGAAGUUGGACGACGAGAAGGAGAAGGUGGGCCACGACCUGGGCCUGGCCACCACCAGCGACGACGACGAGGACGACGAUACCAUUGAGUGCGAUCUGGGCAUGCGCACCUCGACGCUGUCCGAGCCACUAGACUUUGGGCGUCGCAGCCAGUCGCUGCUCGAGGUUAAGUCGAAGGAUGCACCCACUGGCGACUUUCCGUCCACCAGCAAGGGCAUCUCCAAGGAACGCGAUGCGGCCACAGCUUCCAGUUCGGCCAGUCCAGCGCCCACCAGGGAUGUGGCUGAUCUGCCCGUGAUACCGCCACCUUCAACUGGCCCGGGGCGAGAGGCCACCUCCAAGGAAACCUCGGAUAGCAAGUCCAAAAUGGAAGUCGAUAGCGGCGAGGUGACGGCCAAGGAUUCCGAUGAGGACUUCGACACCAAUCCCAUUAUCAGACUGCUCGAGGGCUUCUUGGUCACGCUGACCAUAAGACUGAACCGCUUCUCGCGCAACUAUCGUUUUGUCAAUCGCAUUUUGGCUGGCGAGAAGAAGACCCUUAAGGAAUCCAGCUCGUUGAAUCGCUUGGGACUGUCCAGUGCCGCUGCCAUGUUCCACUUCCUCAAGUCCAAUCUCGAGAGCGAUGAAAGCGGCCCGCCCGCCUCCACAUCCACCCCGCGGCGGGUGGUCAUCGCACCACCGAAUGCCACCGAGCACACAGAUCCUACCAGCACCACACAGAACACAGACACGACAACCACACCGCUAUCACCACCCGAACCACUGCAACCACUGCAACCACCAACAACAACCAGUACACCACAGCAACAGCAUCAGCACAUUCGCGCUGUCGACGAAAUCAUCGAACUGCCCGUAGAUACCGUCGAUGCAGUCACCUCUAGAAAACAAUCAAUCAAUUCAUCGCCGCCAGCCAAGGGCACGAUGCUCAGUCGAAAAUCGGACUGUGGCCUGCCCGAGAUCCGCAUUAAAGCUCCAUCUCUCGAGCGCGGUGCACAUUAUUACCAUAAUCACCACAGCGGCGGUGGCUCAGGAUCCUUGAGCAAGCACUGGUCCUACGAGCAGGUGGACAGCGCGGGGGAAUUCAACCUGGAGGAGGAGAACUUUGCCAUGCGAGAUCAUCAUAUCAUUGUGGAGUUGCUGAUCUCCUCGUGGUACGCCUUGUUGGCCAACACGGAUCUCAUCUGCUAUAUUGUGGUGUUCGUCAAUCAGGUGGUUAAUGCCAGUCUUAUUUCGCUGCCGCUGCCCAUAAUGGUGUUCUUGUGGGGCACCUUGUCUCUGCCACGCCCCACAAAAACUUUCUGGGUCACUCUGAUUGCCUACACCCAGGCCAUUGUGCUGAUCAAGUGCAUCUUCCAGUUCAAACUGAUCUGGUCCAACUACCACCAACUGCCCAAUCAGCCGCUGGCACCAGCCAAAAUCUUUGGCGUGGAGAAUAAGGCACACUAUGCCAUUUAUGAUCUGAUCCUUUUGCUGGUACUGUUCCUGCAUCGCUAUCUGCUUAAGUCGCAGGGCCUGUGGAAAUCGGGCUACAAGGAUACGGAUAAUCAGUUCACCAAACCCACCGCUAGCAUUGAUGAUCGCGAUGAUAGCGACAAUCUAUCGCAACCCGACUCCCGCCAGCUGAACGAAGAUGCUGCUCAGAAGAUGAGUCUGCAAGUGAGUCAGGCUUCUUUGCCUGGAUCGCCAGAGUUUAGCAAGAGUGGCAUCAACCAGCUAGAACGCACCAAGUACACCUCUUCGCUGUACAAGUUCUUCUUUAGUCUGGUUCACAAAUCCCGCCUAGCCACUGAUGUCUAUGCCCUGAUGUUCCUCUGCGAUUUUGUGAACUUCUUUGUGCUGCUUUUUGGCUUCACUGCAUUUGGAACCCAACAAACCGAAAGCGACGAGGGUGUGCAGACUUAUCUGGCGGAGAACAAAGUGCCCAUACCUUUCCUGAUCAUGCUACUGGUUCAGUUCCUGCUCAUCGUUAUAGAUCGAGCCUUGUACCUGCGCAAAGCCCUGGUCAACAAGAUCAUCUUCCACUUCUUCUCGGUGAUUGGCAUACACAUCUGGAUGUUCUUCGUGGUGCCGGCUGUCACGGAGCGCACCUUCAACUCCCUGGCACCGCCCAUCAUUUUCUACGUGAUCAAGUGCUUCUACAUGCUGCUGAGCUCGUAUCAAAUCAAAUCCGGCUACCCCAAGCGCAUUCUGGGCAACUUCUUCACCAAGGGCUUCUCGAUGGUCAACAUGAUCGCCUUCAAGGUGUAUAUGCAGAUCCCAUUCCUGUACGAGCUGCGAACGAUCUUGGAUUGGGUGUGCAUCGACAGCACAAUGACCAUCUUUGACUGGCUGAAGAUGGAGGACAUUUUCUCAAACAUCUAUCUGAUUCGCUGCACCAGGCAGUCGGAGACCGAUUUUCCGGCGAUGAGAGCCCAGAAGAAGGCCUCACUUUCCAAGCUAAUCAUGGGCGGCACCGUUGUCCUGCUGAUUGUGAUUUGCAUUUGGGGACCACUGUGUCUGUUCGCUCUGGGCAAUGCCGUCGGCACCUCGAAUGUGCCCUAUCAGGUGUCUCUGUCGAUCCGAAUUGGACCCUAUGAUCCCAUCUACACCACGAAUAACUACGAUAGCAUAUACGAGAUCAAUCCCGAGAUGUACUCUCAGAUGACUAAUGCCUAUAUUAAGGAAAAACAGGCUCUGACGUUUAUAGCUGGCUAUGAUGCAACGGAUGUGGCCGCAGUUCGACUGGCUGGGAACUCGCCAUCCCUUUGGAAUAUAGCUCCACCGGAUAGGCAGCGGUUGCUAAAUGAUUUGAGAAAUAACCACACACUGAAGGCCCGCUUUUCCUAUUCCCUCACGCGAAAGGCACCCGCCAAGGGAUUAAAGGAGACUGUUGGCGAUGAGCAUGCCAUUUCCCUGGACGAAUCCUUCGAGGGACGCGCGGCUCUUAUCCAUAUGCUUAGCGAGACUCAUGAUGUGGAGCCGGUUCCUAGCAAUACCACCACCACCAAUGAAACCACUACCGCUCCCACUCCCAAAGUCGAAGAAGUUGUUGUGAUACCCGGCAUGAUACCCAAGUUUAUCAAGGUUCUCAAUUCGGGCGAUGCCGCUGUGGUUAGUGUGCUGAGUGAGAAACACCACGAAUACCGACCGCUGGUCAUCAAAAUGCAUCGAGACAACGAGACCAAUGGCUUGUGGUGGGAGAUCCGGGACUUUUGCAACGAUACCUUCUACAACGAAACGCUGUCCAAGUUUGCCUACAGCAACUGCACAUCGGGCAUAGUGAUGUACACAUUCAACGACAAGAAGUUCCCAUCGACGUUCAGUUUCCUCACAGCGGGAGGCAUCAUUGGUUUGUACACCACCUUUGUGUUAUUGGCCUCGCGCUUCAUGAAGUCCUUCAUUGGGGGUCAGAACCGAAAGAUCAUGUUUGAGGAUCUGCCUUACGUUGAUAGGGUACUGCAACUUUGUCUGGAUAUUUAUCUGGUACGAGAGGCUUUGGAAUUCGCCCUGGAGGAAGAUCUGUUUGCCAAAUUGCUCUUCCUGUACCGAUCGCCCGAGACGCUAAUCAAGUGGACCCGUCCCAAGGAGGAGUACGUGGACGAUGACGGCGACACCGACUCCAUUCCCAGCCGAAUGAGUGUACGUCGGCCAGAGCAGCUGCAGCAGCAGCAGCAGCAACUACAAUAACAUAGGCCUAACCCAAACGCUUUUGUAAUUUAGAGUUUGUUUACGUAUCUAGUACGUAUUGCGUUAUCGUAGGUUUCAUAGUCUUUUUUAAACAUUUUUAUAUGAAGGAAAGAAAAAAAAAAAAAAAAAAAAAACACAAAUCAGAAACACAAACAAGUACACAUCACCCAUCUAUACAGUCUACAGUUCGUUCGAUUUUUUGUCAAAAGUACUGCCCUUGUGUGAAACCGUGUAUUUAGUCCUAAGUAAGCGAAAAGUGUUGCUGUUGUUAGUUUAAUCACAUGAAAAUACUAGUGAAUUGUAAUUGCCUAAACAAGCAAAUUAUUAAAUUAAGUUACUUUUAGAUAUGUGUAAAAAUUGAAGAUUAAGUACGAAAAUACUAAUAAUAAUGAUGAGAACUCAUAUUCAGGGAAUUUAGCAUUUUACAGAAACCGUAAAUAUAACAACUAAACUAAAGCAUCCGAGUUAAUAGGUAAUAUUUUAUAUUUAUACGAAACAAAAAUUUCAUGUAAUAUUAACCGAAUUGCUUCGAAUCGCAUACAUUUCUAUGCUAUUUGCCUGUGUGUGCCCUUUACAAAACUGAUUAAAGAUAUUAGGUAUAUGUUAUACUGUUUGUUAUAAAACUAAAUCGAUAUGUUGCAUAUAUAUAGAGCGUUGACUUUAGUUAUAGGCAUAUCAUGUGACAUAUUUUUGUAUUGAAUGCAAACAUAAUUUGCUUGAUCAACUAUUUUCUAGGCAAAUUCAUAUCAAAAUUUCCUUUUGUAUAAUGCUAAAGUGCGUUGGCUUCGAACGUAAAUCGAUGAAGUUCACAAAUAUCUCCCAUAUGCAAUCUCUUUAAAUUAGUAAGCGCCAACAAAAAUCUGUAUGUUAUAUUUUAUAUGAAUCGAAACAAAAUUAAAUUAAUAAAUGUAGAAACGAAUGAAUUUUUAUACAAGGAAACGAACAACUUAAAACGUAUAUAUAAUAUGUACCUAUUUUUUAGCGUCUAAUUUCCAAAUUAAGCUUAAUAACUACGUGGAAUACAUACGAACUAAAAUAAAGCAUCAAAAUUGAAUGUCAUAAAUAAAAUACUGCCUCUUUUUAAUAAAUAUUUUUAUGAAGCUAAA